AUGCCAACAAAGGCCUCACAUGCCAACAAAGGCCUCACAUGCCAACAAAGGCCUCACAUGCCAACAAAGGCCUCACAUGCCAACAAAGGCCUCACAUGCCAACAAAGGCCUCACAUGCCAACAAAGGCCUCACACACCUUACUAGUCACCCCUCUACAAAGGUGUGACAAAGAGCAGUGCUGUAGGUUGCCUUUAAAUAUCCUGCCUGCCAGGUGCAUGUGGUCCAGGUUCAUUAGCCUGAAGAUCCUGGCAGCUGAGUUCCAUGGAAUGGUUGCGCCCACCAUGUGCUUUUUCUGCCCUCUGCUGGCUGCCAGUGGUGUAGCAUGGCUUCUUACAGUCAAAUUUUACAAUAAAUUCCAAAAUUCACGUUUCCAGAUUAAAAAACAUGGCAACUGCUUCAAUCUGACCAUUUUAAACACCACAGUGUCUGAUGAAGCCACGUACUACUGUGCACUUGUGUUUUCAGAUGGAACUCAUUUAAAAAUUAAAGGAACAUCUAAACCAGCUGUGUCUGAUAGCUCAGUGGUGUGUGAAGCAACAUCGCAUAAAAACACCACUAACAUAAACACACAAGAGAAAAUCGUGCUCGCUUUGGGAUCGGCUUUGGGUUUGUGUUUGCUUCUGAUUUUCUGUCUCACUUAUUUCAUAUUGAGGAAAAGAAAAUGUAAGAAAAUGAACACGUCUAUAGAAGAUUCUCCAGGCCUGAAGCAGGAAUCGGACUCUGAAUCACUGCAUUAUGCAGCUUCACAAUUCACGAAGAGGAAAGCCAAGGCUCAGAAAAGAGACGCCACAUUACAGGAGGACUGUGUGUAUUCUGGAGUGUAUUCUGGAGUGUAUUCUGAUGUGUAUUAUGAAGUAAAAUAAAUCUGUAUGUAACAUUUAUUAAAGCAGGGUUUAUUUCUGUUCACGUCUUAUUAGGGCUGGGACGAUUCACUAAUCUGGCGAUUCAAUACUAUCCCGAUACUUUUGUGCUGAUUCAAUACAUAUUGCGAUUCUGUAGCUAUUGCGAUUCAUUGUUUAAAUUGUGAUUUUUGUUGGCUUAAUAAAGAUUAGACAAUGGCAAAUACUUGAUCAUACCCUUAAAGAGACUGUAUAUGAGUUAUAUUAACAAAAAUAAUGCAUCACAUCUUUCUGAAUUUUUAUU